ACAUAAGUAUUAUCCUCAAUACAAUAAACGCUAGCCGUGCCGUAGACCCCCAUUGCUUCCACUCGGGUUUUGAGAUCCCAGUAUAACAUCAUUUACAAAACUAAGCAACGUGCACGUAUUAUCAUCAUGACCGACUCUCCCUUCUCCCGCGUACCCGCAGAGGUCCGGCUGAUGAUCUAUGAGCACCUCUUCAUCGACAACGGCCACCAGCACCUCGCAAUCCGAAGUGCCGGGCCCCAGUACCACAAGUCAGCAAAGAAGCCCGACUCGCAAAAGCAGAAAAGCCGGACGACCUACCAUGUCCUCGAGCGGUCCUUCCACCGACGCUGCUACGAAACCACCUACCAGCUCUCCUCCGAAGGCGUCUCCUUCUGCGCGUCCCUGAUGCAAGUCAACCGGCAAAUCUACUCAGAAACCGCAUUCCUCCUCUACGGCAAGCACGGCUUUGACUUCGGCAGCGACAUCGAAGCCGUCGAGCCUUUCUUGUCAGAUCUGACGCCUGCCAGCCGGAAGCUCAUCAGGGAGAUCUCACUGUACAAGUGGGGGCCCGUCCCGCAGCAUGACAGCGAUAAGAGUGAGUGGCGGAGUGUUUGCCGGUUCUUGCAGCGAAACGGCGCAGUCAAGAAGCUGAGGCUCGUGGUGCAGGGUGGGAAGCCCAGUCGACCAUGGGAUGGUCCCAAGGAAUUCUCGGCGACCGACUUCAAGUUUUUGGCCGAGAUCAAACACGAGAGUCUGGAUUGGGUUACGGAGCUGGCGGAGAUCAAAGGGAUUGAGGAGUUGGAGGUGUUGCCCGAUGUGCAUUAUUGCUCGCCGCCGGUGAGUCCGAGUAUGAUCAUUUUUGCAGCAUUUUCGGCGAGUAUUGAGAGGGGGUUGGCGGAGUUUUUGAGGAUGCAGUUGAGGUUGGCUGUGUAGAUCUGGUAUGGAAUUGGAAGGUUUACGUACACUACUCAAUAUUGAAGUAGAAUGAUGGAAUGACAGAAUGUAGAUAUCUUAGGUUAUAGCAAGUACCACCACCAUGUAAUAUUACGACACGAAUAUACCAU